AAACAAGCUCACAGUCACAUACUGUUGAAAAUUCUGUCAUUUCUUCAAAAAGAACAGAUGAGGAAUGGAUAUUUUGAAAUCGCAUGCGUUUUAAUCAAUAGGCUAAAUAUGAGCUUAUUUAAAAUCAUGUUAUGCACACUUUCAUUUAUGAUCGGAAAAUACGCUGUUCAAUGCCAGACCUCUCCAUUCAAAAGAUGACACACGUAAAUGGUUGUUAACCGAGAAAAUCACCAAUAAGACAGUCAGAUUGUAUAUGGAGUUGAUACCGGGAGCCUAGACGCGACGUUUAGCGCACGUGUGGACUAAUUGGAUUACAACCUGCAAUGAAUUAAUUUGCAAAUAAUAGCCCGGGCUCAUCGCAGAUCGAAUAUCAAGUUGACCGGACGGAAUCCGACCCAAGUAACGGUCCCAAGAAAUAUUUGAGCGGAGUGGGGAACGCCAUGAUGGGUGAGGGAGAGGGCGACACAUUCACUGGGACUAAACCUGCCCCAGACGGAAGAAAAGGCUCACCGGUGCUGGGUGAGGAUGACCUGUCCACUGGCCGGCGAUAUAACAUAGAUGAACUUGGCUCUGAAAGAUAUUUUAUCUCGUCGUCUCAGACGAGUGCCGAAGUGGCAAAUCAAUGUUCCCUCUUUCCAUACGCGGGACAAACUGGGACAAUGUACAGCGGUUCGAAUGGAUCCAGGUAUUCCUCCCUUCAUUAUGGAUCGGUCUUGCCACCUACGGGGUUUUCAUCCUCCGUGUGCACUAGCCGGAGUCAAUUUGGCAGCAGCUACCAGUUUGGGCAGGGUCCAGGUUGCCUGUACCCCUCUUAUCCGGGAACGGGUUCCAGUAUUGGCUCUAUGGCUCUCCCUGGGUCCACACCUGGAGUGAGGGCUCAAGUUUAUCUUUGCAACCGGCCCCUGUGGCUCAAGUUUCACCGACAUCAGACCGAGAUGAUCAUCACGAAACAGGGCAGGCGAAUGUUUCCAUUUCUCAGUUUCAACAUCACCGGAUUGAACUUGACUGCACAUUACAAUGUCUUUGUGGAGGUGGUUUUGGCGGAUCCAAACCACUGGCGAUUUCAAGGAGGAAAGUGGGUUACGUGUGGGAAAGCGGACAACAACAUGCAAGGUAAUAAGAUGUAUGUUCAUCCCGAAUCCCCAAACACUGGUGCUCACUGGAUGAGGCAAGAGAUAUCGUUUGGAAAACUCAAACUGACCAACAAUAAGGGGGCAAACAACAACAACACACAGAUGAUAGUUUUGCAGUCCCUCCACAAAUACCAGCCUCGGCUUCACAUUGUGGAGGUUACAGAGGAAGGAGUGGAGGACAUGAGCAAUGAGGCCAAGACUCAAACCUUCACUUUCCCAGAAAACCAGUUCAUUGCUGUCACUGCCUACCAGAACACAGAUAUCACACAGCUGAAAAUUGAUCACAACCCUUUUGCUAAAGGCUUCAGGGACAACUAUGACUCGAUGUACACUGCCCCGGAGGGUGACAGGUUGACCCCUUCCCCAACGGACUCCCCUCGCUCUCACCAGAUAGUGCCUGGCGCCCGCUAUGCCAUGCAACCUUUCUUCCAGGACCAGUUUGUCAACAACCUACCCCAGAACCGUUUCUACACUGGGGAGCGGGCCGUGCCCCAAACAAACGGUCUCCUCUCCCCUCAGGCAGAAGAUGCUGGGGCAACCUCGGCCCAGCGCUGGUUCGUCACCCCAGUCCAGCAGUCUGGUUCAAACAAGCUGGACCUGGCCUAUGAUCAGGACUACUCUGCAAGCAGCCUGCUGUCUUAUGGCAUCAAGCCCCUGCCCCUCCAGAGCUCGCAUGCUCUCAGCUACUACCCCGACUCGGCGUUCGCCUCCAUGGCAGCUGGCUGGGGCACCAGAGGCACGUACCAGCGGAAGAUGACAACAGGCCUGCCCUGGUCCCCUCGGCCCAGCCCCCCAGCCUUUACAGAUGACCAGCUAGCUUCCAGCAAAGACAAGCUGCCUGAGGAGAGCACCACAGCCUCCACCUGGAUCGAGCCGUCCCACUCUCUAAAGUCGGUGGACUCUACCGAUUCAGGUGUGUACUCCAUGGUAUGCAAGAGACGCCGGAUGUCACCCGGGGGGUCGAGCACGGAGAACUCCCCCACCAUCAAGUGUGAGGACUUGAACACGACGGAAGAGUUCAACAAGGACAACCCCAAAGGCAUGGGUUACUAUGCCUUUUACACGAGCCCCUGAAAGACUGUAUUUGUUUAAAAAAAAAAUCUUUUUUGAGUCCUCCCCUUGACCAUUUAUGAACUUUUAUCUAAAAGUGCCAAAGCUUCAUGCUCAAAAGCAAGCUGCACAGACUAUGUACCCAGGGGCAGCCCUAUUCCACUCAUACCUGACCACACAAGCAUUGUGACAAAUUGUUUUUAAAGCAUGUCCACAGUUCAUUUUUAUUUAAUUUUUUUCUGAUGUGAUUUUAUUUAAGGUCAUUUUGUUGUACAGUAUUUGUGCACUUUAGAAUGUGAUGUAUCUUGUACAAAUUGUCUUCAUGGAGGUGUUAUGAAAUAAAAUCAAGCUUUUCAUAAAC